UCAGAGUCGCGAUGACUGUGACAGUUACUUCAGAAGUGGCUCAGGGUUUGCUUCCGGUUAGAGGGUCUCCAAACAAGAGGUUUUGGGGACCCAGGCGUCUCGCUCCUCGCAGGACCUUCGCGGUCGUUGGACCCCGCAGCUGCUGCCGUGGGAGGAACUGAAACUCCUCGAGCGUGUUGGGAGUACUCCUCAUGAAUGUAUGCAGAUGUCCAGCCUGAAUCUGAAAGGAAUUGACUUCCCUGUGGGAAUGCAACUCUGAAGCCCAGUGUUACAGUACCAGAUGGAGAAAUGUUAGCCCAGAUUAAGGUGAUGUCCAUCCCCCUAGUUCCCCAUAUUCUGGAUGUAAAUGAACAAGACAGGUUACUAAAAGGUGCUCCCAAGGGACAGAUCACCAUUCUAAGAAAAGAGGAAUUCAGCCCUGAGGCUUCUCGCCAGAGCUUCAGAUGUUUUCCAUACCCAGAGAAAGCUGGACCCCGGGAGGCUGUGAACCAGCUCUGGGAACUCUGCCUUCAAUGGCUGAGGCCAGAGAUUCACACAAAGGAGCAGAUCCUGGAGCUGCUGGUGCUGGAGCAAUUCCUGACCAUCUUGCCCAGUGAGAUCAGGAUUUGGGUGAAGGCACAGCAUCCACAGAACAUUGAGGAGGUGGUCACCUUGGUGGAGGAUUUGACUCAAAUGCUUGAUGAGGAAGUUCUGAGUUCUCAAGAUCCUACUCUUCUCCAAGAGGGAAGCAUAGAGAAGGAAAAGUCUACUGUGUUCCCAGUAGCCAGAUUUCAGGAAUUGGUGACAUUGAAAGAUGUGGAUCCAGACUUCACUUGGGAAGAGUGGGCUCAACUGGCUCCUGUUCAGCAAGACCUCUACAAGGAAGUGCUUCUGGAGAACUAUAGGAAUCUGGUUUUUCUUGGGCUUUCAAUUCCUAAACCAGAUGUCAUCUCCCAGUUGGAACGUGAGGAAAUGCCAUGGACGCUGGAGAGUAAAACCCCAAGAGCCAUUUGUUCAUAUUCUGACACUGAACCUGAAACAAAGGAGCCAUUUCCAAAGUUGGAAACUUCUGUAGAAAAACUAUCUCAGAGGACAAUAAUAGAAAGACCUAUCAGACAUAGUUUCUGGGACUCCAGAUUAGGAGAAGCCUUUAAAUUUCAAGGCCCAUUAGUGAGAGAGCGGAGCCAGCAAGACAAUCAUUUGAAGCAAGUAAUGAUCACACAUGAGGAAACACUAAGUAAGGAAAAAACCUCUGAAAGUAAUGAGUUUGGGAGACACUUCAGUUUGAAAUCAGUCCUCAUUACACAACAGAAAGUUCCCAUAGUAAAUAGUGUCUGUAAAUGUAAUAUGCAUGGAAAAUGUUUCAAAGAUGAUUCACAACUAACUAAAUGCCCAAGAAUCUACACAGGACAGAAACCUUUUACAUAUAAUGAAUUUGACAAACCCUUCAGACAUAUUUCAGAGUUGAAACUUCAUUAUACCCAUCAUUCUGGAGAGAAAUCCUAUAAAUGUAACGAAUGUGGGAAAGCCUUCACCAAGUGGGCAAACCUUACUCGACAUCAGAGAAUUCAUUCUGGAGAGAAGCCUUAUAAAUGUGAUGAAUGUGAGAAAGCUUUCACACAAAGGACACACCUUACACAGCAUCACCUUACUCAUAUUGGAGAGAAACCAUUUAAGUGUAAUCAGUGUGGAAAAGCCUUUUUCCAGAGGCCACACCUUACUCAACAUCAGCAUACUCAUAUUAAAGAGAAACCAUUUAAGUGUAAUGAAUGUGGGAAAGCCUAUAGUUCCAUUUCACAACUUAAUCUUCAUCAAAGAAUUCAUUCUGGAGAGAAAUCGUAUAAAUGUAAUGAAUGUGGAAAAGCCUUUACCAAAUGGGCAAACCUUACUCGACAUCAGAGAAUUCAUUCUGGAGAAAAACCCUAUAAAUGUAAUGAAUGUGAGAAAGCCUUCUCACAGAGAGCACACCUUACACAGCAUCAACUUAUUCAUAUUGGAGAAAAACCAUUUAAGUGUAAUGAAUGUGAUAAAGCUUUCUUCCAGGUCUCACAGCUUAAUCUUCAUCAAAUAAUUCAUUCUGGAGAAAAACCUUACAAAUGCAAUGAAUGUGGGAAAGCCUUCACCCAACGGACAAUUCUUACUCAACAUCAGAAAAUUCAUUCUGGUGAGAAGCCCUUUAAAUGUAAUGAGUGUGGAAAAGCUUUUACCAAGCGGUCAAACCUUACUCAACAUCAGCAUACUCAUAUUGGAGAGAAACCAUUUAAGUGCAAUGAAUGUGAGAAAGCCUAUAGUUAUAUUUUACAGCUUAAUAUUCAUCAAAGAAUUCAUUCUGGAGAGAAACCCUAUAAAUGUAAUGAAUGUGGAAAAGCCUUUACCAAGCGAGUGAUCCUUACUCAACAUCAGAAAAUUCAUUCUGGAGAGAAGCCCUUUAAGUGUAAUGAAUGUUGUAAAGCUUUUACCAAGCAAGCAAAUCUUACUCGACACCAGAGAAUUCAUUCUGGAGAGAAACCUUAUAAGUGUAAUGACUGUGGCAAAAGCUUUACCCAGAAACCAAACCUUACUCAACAUCAAAGAAUUCAUACUGGAAAUAAGGGCCUUGUGCAUGGUAGAUGUGUAAUUAAUGUUUGUUGAAUUGAAGCAAAUUAAAAUAUUUUGCUGAAAUCUAAGUAGCUUAUAUCAUCACCCUGAUCUACAAGUCCAUAAUGAAAGAAAGAAAGAAAGAAAAUUUUAGUCUGGUAUGACCUGUUUGCAAUGAAGAUAUUUUCACUUUAAAUAAUGCUUCUUUUUCAAACUGUUCACAAAGCGUCCCCUUUUGUCUUUUGUCUUUACAUCACUGUCCUUUCUAGAAAAAAAAAUUCUUCUCCAAAUUGGAUAUUGCCUUGAGAAAAACAAUUAAGCACAAGCAUCCAACACAGAGACUGCCUCUGACAGUAUAUACAAUAUUCUGCUCUAGUAGUCCCCACCUCUCUACUGUGAAAAGAGAGGCAUAUCACAUCAUUUGUUCUCUUUCAUUUGUUCAAGGUUCAGAUUCCUUUCAGUGAUUUUUUUUUCAUUUAUAUUGUUCUUUUGGUCUUCAUCUUAACUUUUCUAAAAAAUGGAAUGUUUACCUAUCAUAAGAUUCCUCUCACAUUCUUCAAGAUAUUUCAAAUGUCAUUGAUAUGGCUUAGUCAUAUCUGUCAGUUCUUUUCAUAUUCUAGGAUGGCAUUCAUCUGUAUCUGGUGACUUAAACCUGUUGAGGGUAGCUAGGUGCUUAUCCUCACCUAAUCGGUUUCCAUUCCCUGCUAACCUUUUGUGUUCUAUCCUUCUCAGUCCAAAGAACAUUCUCCUUGAAAGAGAAAAUAGGGACAAAGUAAGAACCUACUUACUUCAGCUUUAUCUGUUAACAAUCAACCCUUCAUGUGGAGGUGUAAUCCUCUCCUUUCUUUCUUUGCCCCCAGCAUAGCUAAAAUACCUUUUUUAUUUUCCUUAGCUCCAGCCUCAGCUGGAGCCCUGACUGCCAGGCUCAGCUCAUUCUUUGCAUUAUCAUUCCUGACAUAGUUCUUACAGGAUCAUGCUAUA